AUGCCUCUUAAGGAUCUCCUCAAGAAGAAAGAGAAGAACGCGCAGGAUGCUGCAGACGCGCCCCCUGCACCGCAGACGCUUCCUACUCCCGAGUUCACCUUCAUGCGCACAGACACCAAUACGCAGGAGAUAAUACAGCCUCCAAGUUUUGCAGAGGACCACGAGCCUAUUCCUACCCCGUCCGAAGACCUUACCACACCACCCAAACGUGCUUUCAACCGCUUUCGCAAAUCAUCAAAUGCUUCUACAUCGCCUCAGCCCUCAGAAAAAGAAGCCCACACGCCAUCAAGAAAACUAUCGCAGCGGUUACACCUCUCUAGGGCAUCGAGCGCCAGCUCUGCACAUAUUCCUUCCGACCUACCCACUAUACCUGAUCCCUACACACCAAAUGGCGAUCAGCAGGAGAAAGAGGCGCAGUGGGAAGAGCGCGCCACAAGACUAGCCAAGGAAGAUGGAAGCACGGCCGUCAGCAGAGGUGGAAGCGUGCAUUCUUUGGCCACAGAUAUUUCUCAAAUGGAAGUUGCAGUUGCGGACGGCCUAAAAGUACGGCCAAGCAACAGGCCUAGAAGCGUUAGUGAUGCGAAAAGUGAUGAGAACAUCCAGGAAGCCAUCCGACUACAUGAAGCAGGAGAGUUGACCAAGGCGACUGAGAUGUUUGGGCGACUAGCAGAGACAGGUAAUGUCCUCAGUCAGGUGCUGUAUGGAUUGUCUCUUCGACACGGCUGGGGUUGUCAGCCAGAUCCAACGAAAGCAGUCACCUACCUUCGUACCGCAGCAUCAAAUUCAGCCGCUAUUGAAGCCGAAGCUUUGAAAGCAGGAAUGAAGACAGGCGGCGCUGCGAAGGGAGAAUUGGUACUUGCCAUUUUCGAGCUGGCCAAUUGUUUCCGCCAUGGCUGGGGCGUUGAAGUGGAUAAGGCAGCCGCACGCCAGUACUAUGAGACUGCUGCCAAUCUGGGGGAUACAGAUGCCAUGAAUGAAGCUGCUUGGUGCUAUCUCGAGGGCUUUGGCGGGAAGAAAGACAAGGUGAGUAAAGCCAAUUCUGAAACUUUCUCUACUGCAUGUCUCUGUCUCGAUCCUCACACAUGA